UAUUGCUCUUUCACUCAGUGUCUAGUUAGCUCCAGAUGCGAGAUGAUGGCAAGGAUAGCUAGCUAGAGACUAACAACCAAACAGGUGUUACAUUUCCUCUCCUAGCUUUUGCUCCUCUUCCUCAGCUGUCCUUAGCUAGCGAGGACCAACCCUGCCUGGGUUUAACACUGUGUUAAUUAAGCUAACGUUAGCUAACUAGCUGCAUACACCUAAAAAUGGCCACUGUGUUAAUUCCUGCUUGCACCACUGCACUCUUACUGGAUAUUGAAGGCACUACCACACCAAUCACAUUUGUAAAGGAUAUCUUAUUUCCAUACAUCAGGGAGCAUCUUGAGGAUUACCUGUCCACCCACUGGGAGGAAGAUGAGUGCAAACAAGAUGUUCACCUCCUAAAGAAACAGAUCGAAGAGGAUAUGAAACAGCAUCGUGCAUGUCCUGUGCAUGCCGUGGACCAGACAGUCCACACAGACGAGGAGAAGGCCAUUAGGGAAGUGAUGGAUAAUGUGCUGUGGCAGAUGGCAGCAGACAGAAAGUCAACAGCACUCAAACAGCUGCAAGGUCACAUAUGGAGGUCAGCGUAUACUUCGGGGAGAAUCAAAGGCGAGAUCUACCAGGAUGUAAUUCCAUCCAUUAAAAUAUGGAGGGGGCAGGGCCUAAAAGUCUACAUUUACUCCUCUGGAAGUGUGGAGGCACAGAAACUUCUGUUUGGAUAUUCUGUGGAAGGAGAUGUUUUAGAUUUAUUUGAUGGUCACUUUGACACAACUAUAGGGGCUAAAAUAGAUGGAAAAAGCUAUGAGAGAAUUGCAGAGAGAAUUGGCUGUCAACCACAGGAGAUCACAUUCUUGACAGACGUUGCUCGAGAGGCGAAGGCAGCUGAAGACGCCGGGGUGAACGUGGUGGUGGUGGUCAGGCCUGGAAACCUAGAGCUGACAGAUGAAGAGCGGGCCCAUUAUAAUCUCAUCACAUCCUUUAGCCAACUUGAACUGACAGGAUCAGCUUAACACAGUGUGGAGGAAGACAGGGAGAACCCUUUAUUUCCUUUUUUUUUUUUUUGCUCCUCGCGGUUGUUUUGCAACUCUAAUGUUUUGUGUUUGGUCCAUGUUCGAGAUGUGUAGCAGAUGCUGCUGGGACCACAGUUAGCCACCAGUAGGGCUAAUGCAGUCCCAGCCUCUGAAAGCUCGUGUUUCCAGUUCUGAAUGGAACAUCACUGUCUUUGGACCAUCUGACUCACUGGGAAGAGACCAGAAAAGCUGUAGAUACAUGGUGCUGCACAUGACCUGUAAGGUUACCUUUUUACCUUUUAGAAGGACUGUAUCCGAUUACCGGCCCUGAACCUCGUCAACAUUAAUCAAACUUUACAGCUGUAUGUGUGAGUGUGCUGUAUUUAUCACUAUUUUGUACAUGUUCCACCUGUUUCCUCCUCUACAUGUACAGAUGUGUUGCAGCUGUGCUACGUUUUAUCCAGUAACUGAACUGUAAUGUUUUAUAAAGUAGAAAUAGAUGUUCUCAGCAGAGAAGGCUGCUGACAGAGUUCUCAUUUCAGACUUUGUUCAAAUGUCUUAAUUAAACCAGGUGAAUGGUGUCUAUUUUAUUGUACCAUCCUCAUUGCUCAGCGAUAACGUGGGUCUUGGAAAGUUACCUAAAAAAUUGCCAAACUGAUAUUUAUGUGUGAAACAUAAUUGGUAUUGUUCAGGAAAAAUACUUCCAAUAAAAUGCCUUGUCUCACA